AUGGAAAAGGACAAAAAUAUGAGCAUCCCCCAAGGAGUGAUGUUCCCGACGGGGUCCCUCUACGUGGGCGAUCUCCACCCGGACGUGACCGAAGCCAUGCUCUACGAGAAAUUCACCACCGCCGGACAGGUGCUGUCCCUGCGCGUCUGCCGCGACACCAGAACCAAGCAGUCCCUCGGCUACGGCUACGUGAACUUCAGCCAAACGCAGGACGCCGAGCGCGCCCUCGACACCAUGAACUUCGACAUCCUCAAGGGCAAGCCCAUACGCAUCAUGUGGUGCCAGCGCGAUCCGGCCCUCCGCAAAUCGGGCGUCGGCAACGUGUUCAUCAAGAACUUGGACAAGAACAUCGACAACAAGGCGAUGUUCGACACGUUCUCGGCCUUCGGCAACAUCCUCAGCUGCAAGGUGGCCCUCGACGAGAACGGCUACUCGAAGGGCUACGGCUUCGUGCACUUCGAGAGCGAAGACGCCGCCAACAAGGCCAUCGAGAAGGUCAACGGCAUGCUGUUGAACAACAAGAAGGUGUACGUGGGCAAGUUCAUACCGCGCGCCGAGCGCGAAAAGGAGCUGGGCGAGCGCGCCAAGCAGUUCACCAACAUCUACGUGAAGAACUUCGGGCCGUGCAUGUCCGACGACAAGUUCAACGAGAUGUUCGGCAAAUUCGGCGAGAUCACCAGCUGCGUGGUGAUGCGCACCGUCGACGGCUCGUCGAAGGGCUUCGGUUUCGUGGCGUUCGCCGACGCCAAAUCGGCGGAGCGCGCCGUCGACGAGUGGAACGGCAAGGAGCUGGACGGCAACGUGUUGUACGUCGGCAGGGCCCAGAAGAAGACCGAGCGCAUCAACGAGCUGAAGAAGAAGUACGAACAGUUGCGCUUGGAGCGCUACAAUCGCUUCCAAGGCGUCAAUUUGUACAUCAAAAAUUUGGACGAUUCGUUCGACGACGAGAAGCUGCGCAAGGAAUUCGCCAAUUUCGGCACCAUCACCUCCGCCAAAGUGAUGACGGAGAACGGCAGAAGCAAAGGAUUCGGCUUCGUGUGCUUCACCUCGCCGGAGGAGACCACCAAAGCCGUAUCGGAGAUGAACGGUCGAAUGGUGGGUAGCAAACCGCUGUACGUGGCUUUGGCCCAACGCAAGGAAGACCGCAGGGCAUUCCUCAACAGCCAAUACAUGCAGCGGGCGCAGGCGCUGCGCCACCAGAACAGCAUCAACUUCCCCACCACCACGCCGCCGUUUAUCAUACCGGCCGUCGGGCAGGGACCGCGAUUCUUCAACCACUUGAACCCGCUGAACCACAUCAGACCGGCGCCCCGUUGGCCGGCGGCGCCGAACAUCCGCCCCAACGGCACCUACAGCCUGUCGCUGUUGAACUCGCCCUACAGGACGACGUCGCGCUCGUCGAUCAACGUGCGCAACGCGAUCCACGCGAGGCCCAUCACCGGGCAACAGACGCCGCCCAGCCGGCCCAACAGCAAGUUCACCAAUUCGACCAACAAUUCGGUGCGGCCGUUGAACGUGGGCAUCGGCAACGGCGGCGACAUACCGUUGAAUCCGAACGUGCUGGCGGGGGCGGCGCCGCAGGAGCAGAAGCAGAUCAUCGGCGAGAAGCUGUUUAGGGUCGUGGAGAAGAUGUAUCCGGACAUUGCCGGGAAGAUAACGGGCAUGUUGUUGGAAAUCGACAAUUCGGAGUUGAUUCACAUGAUCGAAAACAAGGAUUCGCUGCGGGCCAAGGUGGAGGAGGCCAUCGCCGUGUUGCAGGCCCACCAGGCCAACACCAAGAAGGGGAUCGUAGUUCAAGAUUAA